AUGAUAAAGCAUUAAGUGACUAUAAUCAAGCAAUCCAACUUGAUACUUAAUGUGUUAAUGCUUAUUAUAAUAGAGGUGAAUGCUAUUUUACUUAAUAUAUUAGCUAAAUUAUAUAAAGCUAUUGGUGAAAAAGAUAAAGCAUUAAGUGACUAUAAUAAAGUAAUCCAACUUGAUCCUAAAUAUGUUAAUGCCUAUAAUAACAGAGGUGAAUGCUAUUACACUUAAUUUAUUAGGCAAUUUAUAUGAUGAUAUUGGUGACAAAGAUAAAGCAUUAAGUGACUAUAAUCAAGCAAUCCUACUUGAUCCAAAUGAUCCAAUAUCCUAUAAUAAUAGAGGUGAAUACUAUUACACUUAAUUUAUUAGGCAAUUUAUAUGAUGAUAUUGGUGACAAAGAUAAAGCAUUAAGUGACUAUAAUCAAGCAAUCCUACUUGAUCCAAAUGAUCCAAUAUCCUAUAAUAAUAGAGGUGAAUACUAUUACACUUAAUUUAUUAGCCAUACUAUAUAAAGCUAUUGGUGAAAAAGAUAAAGCAUUAAGUGACUAUAAUAAAGUAAUCCAACUUGAUCCUAAAUAUGUUAAUUCCUAUUAUCACAGAGGUGAAUACUAUUACACUUAAUUUAUUAGGCAAUUUAUAUGAUGAUAUUGGUGACAAAGAUAAAGCAUUAAGUGACUAUAAUAAAGUAAUCCAACUUGAUCCUAAAUAUGUUAAAGCCUAUUAUAACAGAGGUGAAUGCUAUUACACUUAAUAUAUUAGCCAUAUUAUAUAAAGCUCUAGGUGACAAAGAUAAAGCAUUAAGUGAUUAUAAUCAAGCAAUCCAACUUGAUCCAAAUGAUGCAAGAUACUAUAAUAACAGAGGUGAAUACUAAUACACUUAAUAUAUUAGCCAUAUUAUAUAAAGCUCUAGGUGACAAAGAUACAGCAUUAAGUGAUUAUAAUCAAGCAAUCCAACUUGAUCCAAAUGAUGCAAGAUACUAUAUUAACAGAGGUGAAUACUAUACACUUAAUUUAUUAGGCAAUUUAUAUGAUGAUCUUGGUGACAUAGAUAAAGUAUUAAGUGACUAUAAUCAAUCAAUUUAACUUAAUCCAAAUGACUCAAUAGCCUAUUUACAAAGAGGUGAAUACUAUUACAUCUUUAGGCAAUUUAUAUGA